GUUUAUAUGAUCUACCAUUCAUUCAUACCGGCUGCCCGCCAGGUCUCGCAAGCACUUUCGAAACGAGGAUAUAAUACCGAAUGCGACGUACAUCUCGGCUAAUGCUCACCUAAAGUGUCGUUACAAAGGAUUCCACUUCCCUUCACUCUUGGGCUCCAUGGCCUCCGCAAGUCGAGACGCGCCAACGAACGGCGUGAACGGCCACAGAAGCACAAAAAGAUUCGCAGAUGUUCCCAAGGCUGUGUUCGUCUCAGUCUCAGAGAAUGACGAUACUAUAGAUGUGGAAGUUCCUUUGGACGAAGAUAUUCAAGAUGAUCCAACAGAAUUGUGCACCUUGCUUGAGAAUGAAGAGGCGGCCAAAAACAUGUGGAUGGCAGUGGCAUUAGGGUAUGCCAAACACAAGAAAGUAGAAGUCGCAAUACAGGUCCUCACAACAGGUCUGAGUGCGCUGAGCCGUGGAAGUUUGGAGGACCGUCUGGCGCUACUGAACGCGCUGUGCUGGAUGAACCUCCUUAAAUGUAGAGACUCUCCUCGAGUCAGGCCAGACGGCGCAGACGCUGAUGUCAGGACCAAAGACAGCUAUAUUCAAUUUGCUACUCACGCCUUGAACGAAGCAUCGAAAAUCAGUCCGUCCUACUCACCACUUUUUCUAGCUCGUGGUGUUCUUUAUCUACUGAAAGCCUCUCUGACGCCCCCCUCACGGGCGGGAACUCAGGCCAGCGAGAAGGUAGACACUCUUAGACAGGCAGCGAAAUGUUUCGAGGAUGCAAUCCGGUCCUCGAGCGGCAAAAACGUCAUGGCUUUGCUCGGUAAAGCGCGAGUUCAAUUUGCUCUAGGGAAACCAGGCGAAGCCUUGGAGCUCUAUCAAAUGGUGCUUUCUAGGUCGCCGGAGCUGAUCGAUCCGGAUCCUCGCAUUGGUAUUGGAUGUUGUUUCUGGGAGCUUGGACACAAGGAUGACGCGAAAGGGGCAUGGACGCGAGCGUUGGACCUGAAUCCAUCAUCGAAAGUAGCAAAGAUUUUACUUGGACUCUACUACCUCUACACCAGCGCACAAUUCUCUCCGAAAGAUGCCAAAUUCCAAACAUCGUACAAGAAAGCCGUCACCGAAUACGUUCAGAGAGCAUUUAAACUCGACGAGAGGUACCCGUUGUCUUGCGUUGCAUUCGGGUCCCAUUUUUUGGUAACAAAGACUAUGGGACAUGUCGAGAAGCUCGCACGAAGAGCCAUUGACCUGACGGACAUUCAUGCAAUCGCUAGUGACGGCUGGUAUCUUCUUGCGAGGAAAGAACACUAUGCUGACAACUUAGCAAAAGCCAAUGAAUAUUACUCCAAGGCUGACCAAGCUAGGGGAGGAGAUGAGAGAGGAUAUUUACCAGCGAAAUUUGGAGCAGCUCAGAUAAAAGUUCUUAUGCAAGACUUUGAUGGCGCUAAGUUUCGACUUGAGAAGAUUGUACAGCACAGCAAAAGCGUCGAAGCUAUGGUUCUUCUCGGAACUCUCUUUGCCGAGGAUGUAUUUGCCUCGCAAUCGGCGAAUUCGAAAGAAGACAAAUCUACAGAAAUCAAGAAGGCUAUAGGCCUACUCGAGGGCGCCAGGGCGGCGUGGAAAGAUCCGAAGAAGAAAAUUGAACCUGAUUAUAUGGUUCUGCUGAAUUUAGCUCGAUUAUACGAAUUAGAAUCUCCCGAGAAGAGUCUUCAGUGCCUCCAGCUAGUUGAGGAGAUGCUUAUCGACGACAUUCCAGCUGAUGAGCGACCAGAGGACGUCAAUGACGCUGCGCAAUUGAAAACCCUUCUUCGCGAACUUCUACCGCCACAACUCCUGAACAACAUGGCAUGUUUUCAUUAUCAAGCAGAGAAAUAUACUCAGGCCCGGGAACUGUUCCAGACAGCGCUUACCGCCUGCGUAAAGGUCGGCGACAAAGACCCAUCCGUCGAUUCAGAUGCGCUUGUAACAACAAUAAGCUACAAUCUUGCUCGCACUUACGAGGCUGAGGGGAUGCCCGAUGAGGCUAAACGGGUGUACGAGGGUCUGCUCGAGCGACACGGAGACUACACAGAUGCGAUAACGCGCCUUGCAUACAUAAACUUGAAGCAAGAUGGUACUGGAGAUGGACCGAAAGCAGUGCAGAGGCUAUUCCAGGCUGAGCCGUCUAACCUGGAAGUUCGUGCGCUCUAUGGGUUUUACCUCAACGGAUCGAAGAGACGUACGGCGAAUAUUGGAGAGGAUCAGGAGCAAAGACAUUACCGACAUACUCUACAAAACCACGAGAAACAUGAUAGAUAUUCACUAGUAGGAAUGGGUAACAUAUACUUGACGAUUGCGAGAGAGAUGCGCAGAGACACUGAGCAAGAUAAAGACAAGCGACGCAAAAUGUACGAGAAGGCCGUGGAAUUCUUUGACAAAGCUCUACAGCUGGAUCCUAAGAAUGCAUACGCUGCUCAAGGAAUCGCUAUCGCUCUCGUAGAAGACCGGAAAGACCUCAACAAUGCAGUACAAAUUUUCACCAAAGUCCGAGAGACCAUGAAGGAGGCGAGUGUAUUCAUCAAUCUCGGGCAUGUAUAUUGCGAGUUGAAGCAAUAUACGCGCGCAAUCGAGAACUAUGAGAUCGCUCUGAACAAAGACAAGGGACGGGACCCACAACUUCUCGCGUGCCUUGGCCGUGUGUGGCUCACAAGGGGCAAACAAGAGAAAAGCCUUGAAGCGAUGAAGUCGGCGCUUGAAUACUCCAGAACGGCUCUUGAGGUCAACAACAACCCUGACCAGUCCUUUUACCGCUUCAAUAUCGCCUUCGUUCAAAUACAGAUCGCGCAACUCAUAUAUACCACUCCUGAAUCUGAACGAAGCCUACAAGACGUACAGACUGCUGCCUCCGACCUCGAUGAAGCCAUCGCCUCCUUCACCACCAUUGCGAAUGGGCCGAACCCACCCUUUCCGAAGAGUGACAUCGAAGCCCGCGCCAAUAUGGGACGCAACACUAUGCGCAAACAACUUGAGCGCGCCGUCCAAAAUCAGAAAGAAUAUGAAGAGAAGAACGCUGCGCGUCUCCAGUCUGCGCGCCAAGCACGUGAAGCGGAAAUCAAGAAGCGCGAGGACGAGAAGCGGAGGAAGGAAGAGGUGGCGGCGGAGCAGCGUCGCAAAAUCGCCGAAGAACGCCAGCGGAUCGAGAAUCUCGAUCGCGAGUUAGCAGCCAAACGUAUCGAGGAUGAUCGUCGUCGCAAGGAAGAUCAAGCGGAGGAAGAAGCACGUAAAGCAGAUCGUGCCGCGAGGGGGAAGGGGCGCUCCAAGCGCAAGAAGAAGGGCGAUAGCAGCGAGAUCAAUACAGAGAACGAGGCCAGCAGUGGAGAGGAGCGUAGACCGAAAAGAAGGCCGCGGAGCAGGACGCCUGGUGAUGAAUUAUCGGGAGCGGAUAGCGGAGAUGAGGCGCCGCGAAAAAAGAAGAAAAGGAAGCUUGUACCGAAGAGCGGGAAGGCAGGCAAGUUCAAAUCUGAUGAAGUUGUGGUUGAUAGCGAUACCGAGGGCGAUGCACCGGCAGAGAACCGGGGCGGGGCGGAAGGUUCUGGCGAUGAUAUCGCUGCCCCCGUGAAGCCGAGAAAGGUAGCAAGAGUGGUGGACGACGAGGAAGACGAGGACGAGGAUGUUGCUAUGGGAGAGGCAACGGCUAAUGGAGCAGCCUCAGAUGAUGAGUAGGCAAACUCUUGAUUCUUUUCAUUUUGCACAGCAUAGCAUGGAGUUCAUAAAUAUGGCGAUAGGUGAUCUUGGGCAAAAGUAGGAUCUAUACUGCUAUACAGGGUCACACUGUUCGAUAUGACACCGACAUUGGCGCUGCUGAGUCUUCCAGAACUCUAUAAACUUUUUGUGACACACUACUGUUCAGCGCCAAACACCAUAAAAUGCAGCCAACAGCAAGAAUCCGGGAUAUCAGAACAUUUUUCAAG